AUGGUGAGGAAGAAAUCAAUAGGAACGUGGAUGCUUAGCCGAAAGCCUGGACCGGAGCGGCGUCGUCGGCGGCGGCGGCGGGUUGCACAGAAGCGGCAACAGUACAGCUGCAGCCGGCGUUUAGGCGCCGAUACCUGCAUCCAGACUCGGAGCGGCGAACGAGGGGCCAAGGGCGGCCUCUGCCUUGAGUGUAAGGCGACAAACACUGGCAACGGCGUAAAGUUCAACGUUGGGACUACGAUCUGGCUCCAGCAAUGCCUUCAGGUGGCUUCAAGAUGGAUCGACAGAUAUCAGCAUGAAACGUCAAAAAGGCGAAAUUCCGUCCCAGACUCCGACAGCGACGUUGACGACCACGUUUCCCUCGACGACGCUACCUUCUCCGCAUCUUUUCGCCAUCUUUCGCAUACAUCUCAACCUUCUCCGCACCACAUCACUCGCCUUGACACCGCCGCCACUCGUAAAGCAUUGACGUUGUAUCAGGCACGAUUCCUCAUUCGUCGCACCAUCUACCUCAUUCGUACGCAUCCUUGUCUCAAGCUUCUCGUCCUCAUGCUCUAA